AAGAGAAAAAUGAAGACAGGACAUUUUGAUAUGGUCACCAUGCUGCUGGCAGCGGUGAUUCUAAUGGACAUUUUCCAGGUGAAGGCUGAAAUGUUAGACAUGGCAGAAAAUGCAUUUGAUGAUGAAUACCUGAAAUGCACUGACAGAAUGGAAGUCAAAUAUGUUCCCCAGCUGCUCAAGGAGGAAAAAGCAAGCCAUGCACUCUUGAAGGCUGUGUGGGAAAAUGCAGAAGUGAAGUGGGAAGCCAGGAAGACGCAGAUCUUUCUCCCUAUGAGUUUUAAAGAUAACCAUGGAAUAGCACUGAUGGCGUAUGUUUCGGAAGCUCGAGAGCAGACUGCUUUUUACCGUAUGUUCAAUGAAGCUGUGAGGAUGGCUGGUCUCUCUCGAAAAGAAUAUGUCUAUGACUUCCAGUUCAAAGCUUUUCAUUUUUACCUGACAAAAGCCCUGCAGUUGCUGAGAAGACCUUGUGAGGAAAGUUACAAAAAUGUGGUGUAUAGUAUAAGCCGGGACACCUCAUUUAAAUUUGGAGGGCUCAACCAAGCCAGAUUGGGCCAUUUCACUCUGGCAUAUUCAGCCAAGCCUCAAGCUCCUGAUGACCAACACAUUCUGUUAACCAUCCACGCGUGCUUUGGAGUUGCCAUUGAAAAUUUUUUUGAUAAAGAAAGUGAAAGAAUUAUUUUAAUACCUCUGAAUGAGAUUUUUAACGUGUCACAGGAUGGGACCAGCAAUAACCUUAUCCUUCAAAGCACAAACAAGACCUGCAGCCAUUACGAGUGUGCAUUUCUAGGUGGACUAAAAGCUGAAAAUUGUAUUGAGAACAUGGAAUAUUCUCAACCCAUCUAUAUCUACAACCCUGGUGAGAAAAAUCAGAAUCUUGAAGACUCUGGAACGAAAAGCCAGGAGACCACUGUCUUACCUGGUAUGAUGAGCCAUGAACCCACGCAAAUACCUGGAAUGAAAAUUCCAGAAACUUUUUCACUACCUGGAAUAAAAGUGGUGCAACUGGAUGAAAAACCUGAAGACCAAAGUCAGGAAGAUAUCGGCAAUCCUACUCCAGGUCCGGUUCCAGUUCCAGUUCCAGGUCCCAAAACCCAUCCCUCUGCAUCCUCUGGCAAAAUGCUCCUUCCACCAUUGGCAACGUUCAUCAUUUUAAUCAUUGCUUCUGCUGUAAAUCUCUUUGUUGCUCUGUAGUCUGUUACAUUCUUUAUUACUUAAAAUAUCUGAGGGAUCCCACAGGAAACCAUCAAAAGGAAUGAUGUAUUUUUCACUUUUGGUCAAAGUCACUUGAUAACAUGAGGACUGCACAUUGUUAUUACUUUGCAAAUUCAGAGUUGGUCCAGAUAUGUCAUAGAAUUCAUUUUUCAUUUAUUCUAUAUAAUUUAUGAUUGCAAAAACUCACCUGUAUACUUCUGAUUUGAAUUCAAUAAAAGAAUUUAAGAUUGUUGGAUAUAA